UCUUUUGAUUUUGCUCCUCAUUCCUUCCCUCUUUCUUUCUCCCUCUCUUUCUCAUCUCUAGCCACAUAGCUGCAAACCCCUUCUCCAAUUUACCCACUCCACUCGUUGAUGUGAUUCUCCAAAAACACAUCAACCUUUACAAAAGCUAGCUAGAGAGAAUUAAAGAUCAAUACACCAAUAUGGUUUUUCCCUCCAUCCCAGCUUAUCUUGAUCCAGCCAACUGGCAGCACCAGCAACCAAAUCAUCAAACUGGAAGUAGUAGCACAACCGCUGCUAACCCUCAGCUCCCCUCCCCACCACCGCUGCCUCCGCCACCGCAGGCUCAUGCGAGUGGCAGCCCAGGCUCGAUCAGGCCUGGUUCGAUGGCCGAUCGGGCCCGGAUGGCCAACCUGCCGAUGCCUGAGACUGCCCUGAAAUGCCCCCGAUGCGAGUCGAGCAACACCAAAUUUUGCUACUUCAACAACUACAGCCUCUCCCAGCCGCGACACUUUUGCAAGACUUGCCGCCGGUACUGGACCAGAGGAGGAGCCCUGCGGAAUGUUCCAGUCGGAGGGGGCUGCCGGAGGAACAAGAGAAGCAAGGGAAGCAGCUCGAAAUCUCCCGUCAGCUGCCAAACUGUCACUCCCACUGCUUCCACAAGUGCACUUCCUUCCAAUGGCGGCGCUGCCGACAUACUAGGCCUAACUCCGCAGGUUCCGCCAUUGCGCUUUAUGGCUCCUUUGCACCAUUUCACUGACUUCGGCGGCAGUGAAAUAGGCCUAAAUUUUAGCGGAAUUCCGGCAACCAUGGCAGGCGCAACAGGUGACGUGAAUUUUCCGAUUGGAAGUGCUUUAGGCGGCUGCAGCGGGAGCGGUGGUUCGUUUCUCCCAGCUGGCAGUGCCCUAGACCAGUGGCGGUUGCAGCAAGCACACCACUUCCCUAAUUUACUCUUGGCAGCGGGCUUGGAUCCCCCAACGGGGCUAUACCCGCUUGACGGUGGGGUAGACCCAUCGGGUUUUAUUGCUGGAUCAAGCCAGGGGCGGCCGAAGUCGGGUGGUUCCGUGGUUACUCAGCUGGCAUCAGUGAAAAUUGAGGAUAACCAGGAGUUGAAUUUGUCGAGGCAGUUUUUUGGAAUUUCUGGGAAUGACCCUCAGUACUGGAGUACUGGUGGUAGUAGUUCUGCAGCAUGGACUGAUCUUUCUGGGUUUAGCUCCUCCUCCACCAGUGAUCAACCCUUAUAAAUUUCAUCUUUCGUGUUUGAGCGAUGCAGGUAAUGUUGGUCCAGAUCGCUGGAAAUGGAUGUGGAGAACUUAAUUUUUGUUUAUUGAGGUUUGACUGAUUAAAACCCUAGCUAGAAAUGUAGGCUUUUAAUUUUGUAUUCGAAUAUGGUUCCUUCCUUUCUUUUAUUUUUAUUUUUAUUUUUAUUAUAUUUUUCUGUAGACUGAGUUUGGUUUAUAAUGUAUGAGCAUGUUUUCAAAUGGUCUAAA